AUGGCUGAGUCGGAUGCUUACGCAGAUUGCAAGGAUGUUCCCGUCAUCUCGGGGCAUACAGCGGCAGUUGGAAUGCCUUUGCGCUGCCCUCCAUUUUGUCCGGACGAGCCAGCUUUGUGGUUUGCACAAUUAGAGGGACAAUUUAUUCUAUCGAGAAUCACAAGUGACUCCACGAAAUUUUAUUACGCAUCCACUCAGCUCGAAACAAAAUACGCCAUACAUGUCAGUGACAUCAUUACUAAUCCCCCAGAGGAAAACAAGUUUAACAAGUUGAAAACAGAGCUAGUAAAACGCUUGUCGGCUUCUCAAGAAAAGCGUAUUCAGCAGCUACUUAUACAUGAAGAAUUAGGUGACCGCAAACCUUCACAAUUUCUAAGGCACCUACAAAAACUAGCAGGGCCUUCAGGCGCUGCAGAAUUUGUAAAAAGUAUCUGGACAGCCCGGUUACCUCAAAAUGUACAAACUGUAAUCGCCUCUCAAAUUACCGAAUUACAGGUGGAGCAAUUAGCAGAAAUAGCGGACAGAGUAGCGGAGAUCGCACCUAUGAUGCCACAAAUCGCUUGCACUUCCGCCUCCACGACUACUGAUUCGUCGGACUUGGCAAAGCAAGUGAGCGAGCUCACUAAGCAGGUAGCCUUGCUCACGUCACGCUGGGGUAACAGAGAGAGACAACGCUCACGCUCACGAUCACGGUCUCGUUGCGACUACCGCAGGUAUGAACGCUCAAAGCACAGACCACAACAACCACCACAAAACCACCCACACUGUUUUUAUCAUUUCACCUACGGCGACAAAGCUCAAAAAUGUAAACAGCCAUGCUCAUUCUCAGCGGAAAACAAGAAGGGCGGUCGCAUGUAG